AUGGAUAUCAUUAGCAUCUCGCCGUGUUCAAAGAGAAUAUCAAAUGAGGCUGGCAAGGAGCUAAAUGAUUGUCACAUUCCCAGUGUAUCCAAGAGUGAAAUACAAAAUUUUCUUGCGGCACGUCCUGUUAAAUCCGAUCAAGAAAUCAUUAGAAGUUCUAUGGCUGAAGAUGAUCCCAAGUGUAUAUCAGAAGAAGACAACAAGAGUUCGCCACAUCGCUGGGGCAGACACCAUAAAGGAGCAAAGAAAUUGGCAAAUCUAUAUAGCACAAAGAAGAGAAUACAGGAAGUGAUUUGCGUCUAUAGCUGCAUUAGUCUAAUGCUUAUCAAUUUAUAUUUAAUUUUAAGACAUUUAAGGAUGGACCGCAUUAGCGAAGUGAUAUUUUCAGCUAUUUGCGGUAUAGUCACAGCUGAUUUUGGCAGUGGAUUUGUUCAUUGGGCAGCUGACACAUGGGGAUCUAUUGAAUUACCAAUUAUUGGAAAGAAUUUCCUUCGACCAUUCCGAGAACAUCAUAUUGAUCCCACAAGCAUUACGAGACAUGACUGGAUUGAGACAAAUGGAGAUAACUUUAUGAUUGGCAUCCCCAUCUUGCUUAAAUUAACACUCAUCUUUUACAACUCAUCAAGCACUGAAAUUCAGGCUGAAUAUCCAUUCUGUGCAUAUCUCUUUCUAUGUUCAAUCUUCGUGGCUAUAACCAAUCAAAUCCACAAGUGGAGUCACACAUAUUUCGGUUUACCGGUGUGGGUACAAAUUCUACAAAAUUAUCACAUCAUUCUGCCUCGAAAGCAUCAUCGUAUUCAUCACGUAGCACCACAUGAAUCAUACUUUUGUAUCACGACAGGCUGGCUUAACUGGCCAUUAGAAAAAAUUAAAUUUUGGUCGACACUAGAAUCAAUUGUGACAUUUUUCACUGGAUGUAAACCACGCGAAGAUGAUCUAAAAUGGGCAAAAACAUCAUAA